AUGGGUAACCCAGUCGGGGGCCCCUCCGCUGCUGCGGCUGAGGGCCCCCCAGCAGCAGUUGCAGCAGCAGAAGCAGCACCAACUACACCAGCAAAUGCUGUUCCCCAUGAGGCGUGGAAUGCAAGCGGCCCGGUUGCUGCACCGCCAACAGCAACAGCAGCAGCAGCACCAACAGCAGCAGCACCAGCACUAGCAGUACCAGCAGCAACAACGGCAGCAACAACAGCAGCAGCAGAGAUACCAGCGGCUUCUUCAGAACCAGUAGAGGCAGCACCACCAACAGCAGCAGCAGCUGCUGCAGCAGCGGCAGCUGCAGCAGUAGCAGCUGCAGCAGUUCCCGACGAGGCGUUUGUACCAGCAGCACCAGCCGUGGCAGCACCUCAGGCAGCAGCAGCAGCAACAGCAGCAGCAGCGGCAGCAGCAGCAAGCGUGCCAGCUGCUUCUGAAGACAACCCCGAAGGGUUUUUGCUGUUUGCUGUGGCGUGGCUGCUGGUAGCAGCAGCAGCAGGGCUGGUUCUGCUGCGGCAGCAGCGACAGCAGCAGCGCGAGAGGAGUAAGGUUCCUAGAUAA